UCGCCCUUGUCAUGGAGCAUAUCACCAACUACUGAAAGAGCUGCAGAUUGGAGACCAGGUGUCAUACAGGCACUUUUUGAGAAUGGACAUCAACUCUUUUGAGUAUUUAUUGACCUUAGUUGCUCCAAAGAUAAGACGUAGGGACACUCACAUGAGAAAAUCCAUUAGUCCUGGGGAACGUCUAGCAUUAACAUUGCGCUUUUUGGCAACAGGGGAGUCAUACAGCAGUCUACAGUAUUUGUAUAGAGUUCCAUGUCAAACAAUAGGCAAAAUUGUAAUUGAAACUUGUGAAGCCAUUGUAGAAGUACUUGCAGAUUAUAUGAAGGUUCCAAAAACACAGUCUGAAUGGAAGGAGAUUGCAAUCGAAUUUGAUCAAAAGUGGAAUUUUCUACACUGCCUAGGUGCAUUAGAUGGAAAACAUAUCAAUAUCAGACCUCCACCUUCAAGUGGAUCAUAUUAUUACAAUUAUAAGCAAAGAUUUAGUAUUGUUUUUCUGGCAUUGGUUGAUGCUAACUAUAAAUUUUUGUAUGUAGACAUCGGAUGCAAUGGAAGAGUUUCUGAUGGAGGUGUCUUUAGAGAGAGCUCAUUGUCGUCAGCAUUUCAGAAUAAUACAUUGGAUGUACCUCCUCUGGAAGUAUUACCUGGCUGCACUACACCUAUUCCAUACAUAAUUGUUGCAGAUGAAGCAUUUCCCUUAAAAGAUUACAUUCAAAAACCUUAUCGACAAACUGGAUUAACUACAGAAAGAAGAAUCUACAAUUACCGACUUAGUCGUGCGAGGCGAGUUGUGGAAAAUGCUUUUGGUAUCUUGGCUAACCAUUUCAGAGUUCUCAUGACUGCUAUCAAUCUAGCCCCAGAAAAAGUGGAAACUUUAACAUUGACAUGUUGUCUUUUGCACAACUACUUGAGAUGUCACACUGAAGCCUACACUCCUCCAGGUAGUCUUGAUACGGAGCAUCUCUUGUCUCAUGCAGUACAACCAGGAAAAUGGAGAAGUGAGCCAAAGAGUCUUACAAAUUUAAAGAAGCAAGGAAGCAACCACAGCAAAGAAACAGCAAAGCUUUAUCGUGAAUAUAUGAAGGACUAUUUAAACUCAUCAGUUGGAUCAGUUCCUUGGCAGAAUAAUAUGAUAUAAAAGUGCAUUAUUUUAUGUACCAAUAGAU